AUGGUUUGUGGAAGAGUCAACACUACCCAUAAUCCAUGGACACCAGAGAUGAGAAGCCAUUACAUGAAUUCAAAAGGACUAGAGCUGCAGGCUGGUGCUUCUAUGGCGGGAAGUCCUCUCUACACCAAGUCCUACAACUACAAUAUGCCUCCGAUGCCGCAAAUGAACGAGUACACACUGCUCAACCCCUCUUCUAGGAGAGGUGACCGUGGCAAUGGCAAUGGCGGCUCGUCUUCAAGUAAGAGAACCUCACGGCAUCAACGCGAAGCAAAUUACAAUGACCCCAGUAAGAGGUGUACCAACUAUAAUUGCGGCACUAAUAACACCCCCAUGUGGCGCAAAGGUCCCCUUGGCCCCAAGAGCCUUUGCAAUGCUUGUGGGAUCAAGUAUAGGAAGGAAGAGGAGAAAAAGAAAGUUAGAGGGGCAGCUGAAAACUCUGGCACGAGCAGUCAAGAUAAAGAUUGA